AUGACCGAAUUUGAUAGUUUUAAUGUUCCUUCCAUCAGUUUGGAACAAGAAGAUGACCAUGGUUAUGUGCAUUCUCAUUCAUUGUCCUUUCCAAUUGUUAAUUUGGGACAAAUUGCUGCAGAAAAUAAUUUAGGAUUUGGACUCGCCAUGGUUCACAGUCAAAAUCAUGGACUCUGUGAAGACGAUGCAUUGAAAGCCAUGCUCUACGAAGCGACCACUCGCGGAGAUUUAAAGUCCGUUCAAAAUCAUUUAAUGGAGAUGGAAAAACAGUAUCGACUGUCAGUCGAGAAUGGAACCUUGUCUGCUUCAUCUUCGACAACGACGACAACAACGAGUUUAAUUUUCAAUUCCAUGUCAUCAUCACAUGAUUUUCGUCACAUUGUGUUGACAACAACAUUUCCAGACCAUCAUGAUUGCACUCUCAUUCAUGCAGCAGCAAAAUACAAUCAAGUAGAAAUGCUGCAAUGGCUUUUGACAGGAGAUAUUGCCAAAUGCAGUUCUCAAAGUACAGUCACUUCGAACGUAAGUGACGAAAAUAGUGUGGAAGCAGAUUCUGGAAAAUCUUCUUCGAGUCAACAACAUUCAGCAUUUACUUCACCUAGGUCUUCGAUUCAAGCACAAUUGUUGUCCACCAAAGACAAUCAUGAUGCUACACCCAUUUUCUAUGCUUGUCAAACGUCAGCACAUGAUGCUUGUGCAUAUUUAUGCAGUUUUAAAGUGGUUCAGGAACAACUGAACACUAGUCACGACCGAUAUGGUUAUCUUCCCUUGUAUAUAUCUCUCAAGAAAAAAGAUUACGAAUUGUGUGACCUUCUUCAAUUAUUUGGAGCUAAAAUCGAUGUGUUAAUUGGAAAUAGUGAAACUUUUUUGCAUCAUGCAGUUCGAGAAAAGGAUUUACAAAUGGUGGAAUAUAUUGCCAAAAUCAAACCAUCGUUGUUAUUAAGGAAAAAUCAAAGAGAAGAGAAUCCACUCUUUUCAUGUCUCAGUGAUGGACGAGGAGGGAGAAAACGUAAAAAACGUGCUGAAAUUUCUGCCGCUACCAAUUCUGAUUUGGAUUUUUUGGAUGUUGCUGACAAGUUUGGAUCCAUGUUUUCAGAGACAAGUGACAGUUAUUUACUUGGUAAUGGAAGUGAAGGAAGUGCUCAAUCGUCGUUAACUCUGGGAAGUUUGAGCAGUAGUAUUCACACACCACAGUAUGCCAAUAGUACCAGCACAUUAGCACUAGUCUCGGUUGAUCACAGUCAUGAAGAUGACAAAUUAUUUGUCUCUACAUUCCUUUUCAAAGGAACAAUGAUCUUUGGAGUUGAAACAUUUGAAAAGGCAUUUCUACAAAAGAAUGCAUUUGGUAGAAAUAUCAUUAUGGAAUGUGCCGUGUUGAACGAUAUCAAAGCCAUGAAUCAUUUAUUUGCAUUUUUGAAAGAUUACUGCACGAAUAGUUCCUCAGAUCGAUUCAUUACCUUGCUGCUCACAGAAACAGAUCAACAACAUCGAAAUAUUUUGCAUUUAGCUGUCGAUACAUGUGCAAAACAAGCAGGUUCAUGGAUAUCACGACAUUUAGUUCAAUUGGAGACCAUGUCAGAUCGACCUGUAGAUCGAAGUUCCAUGUCCUCACUCUUUAGUUCUAGGUCAGCAGUUUCUAAUGUGGAAAUUGAAACAUUUAUUACCCAUCAACGAUGGAUUUCAUGUCUUGAAACUGUUUUAGAUUUCCUUGAAUAUUGCUCCAAUUAUACAACAUCGUCACUCAGUGGAUUAUUCUAUGUGAAAGAUCGAAUGGAUUGCAUUCCUGAGGAAAAAUCCAAAGAAACACUCAAAGAAUUUCAAGUGGGAUCUGGCAACGCUCAACAAGUUCAACAAAAUAUUUCAAACACCAUUCAAAAUGCUGUGAAACAAAUUAAGAGUGUGGAACGACGUAAAUUGAAACCCAAAGCUAAAACAGGAUCCUUCUCAUGGCGAAAGAGUCAACGAUCGACGAAUAAUAUUUUCGAACAAUCCCCAGAGGGAGUGCCAGCCGUGAGACAUUCAGUGAUAGAUACUUCUCCUCAUCAUAAGAAGAAGAAUAUUCAAAUGAAUAAGAGUGCUGCAGCUGCCGAUGAUUUGGAUGUGGAUCAUAAUAGACAUUCCAUGCUGUCUCCUCUCUCUGUGGAUAGUCAUGGUGGAGACAAAAGUGCCACAACAACAUCAUCCAAACUUAAAAAGUUGAAAGCUGCCUUCUUGAAGAGAUUAAACAAGUAA